AAUCAAUGAAGAUAGAUAUUAAAUAUAAUAUUUAUCGAUUUGCUUGAAGUUGCAUCGAAGUCAAUAAAGUGAAGCAAGCGAGUUUUACUACGGUUACUAAAUAAUUAUAUAAUUAUAUUAUUGCGUUACAAUCGUUCUUUGGUUAUCCGUUUUAUAAUAUUUUUUCGUAGAUACAACCUUCUCUUCGCAUAUUGCUUUUGUAAAUUUCUUUAUUACAAAUUUUCUUUUUUUUUUGUACAUAUAUAUAUUUAUAUUAUUUGUUCUUUAUUUGUGUAGAAAUAAUAACGUUGGGAAUAUUAGUUUUCUUGCUGUAAAAAAUUUAUCGUGAUUUGUCAAACAUAAUGGACCGUUUGCUAAAUCGCGUUCGUAGCAGUCACGAAAUUAAUCCGGAAAGAAUGAAAGUUUACGAAAAACGCCGAGCAAAGACGGUGAUUGAAAGUGAACUAUCACCGCAUAUACUUAAAAAUUAUUCUAACAGUUUUCAAACGAUCAAAAAAAUUGUAAAAUCUCCGAAAAAGGAAACGUUUUUCGAUAAUGAAGUUUACAAGAUAAUCAGAGCAAUGUUGUUGGCACUGUCAAUAUUGGUUUUAUGCUAUCAUGGAUCAAAGGAGUACAAUAUUUUAGGGAAUGGACAGAUUGUUAGCGGUUUCACCUCGAGAGAAAUCAUUAUGACAUUUAGUUUGGGUUAUUCCGUCACGCAUUCCGUAAUAUCUGCCAUUGCAGCUAGCAUGCUUAUUUAUUCCAUUAUUUCGAAACGGCCGCAAUUCAGUUUGCCUUUGAUGGGCCUGUUUAUGGCUGAGAUGAUGUGUGAUUCCUGCGACGCAAUCGUAACAAUGUGGUAUCUUUUCAGGCAUCUUGGGCUGCAAACUGCACUAUUUUAUACCACAGGACUCUUUUUACUGAUUUGUAAAUUUCUUUAUUUUUUUACAUCACAUGCAUCAGAACGAUGA